CCUUUAGAAGCAUCGUUUGAUUUGAAGUGACGAAAGCGGAACACGAUGAGGACAUUAGUGAGGUCGUGACGAAAGCAAAGUUUCGCAUUUCACGAGAGGAAAAAAACGCGCAGGAUCAUCCAGAAGAAGUCUCGAGCUUCAAGAACCCAGAGAUCGCGCGCCGAUCGCAGCAAAACUCGAGUGUCAGGAGCGCGAGAGAGGAGCUCUUAUUUUACACAUGCACAGACGCGCAAUAUUCUCGAAUACCAUCAUCAUAUGAUGCACGAGCAACAGAUCCACAGGACCUAAAACUCAGUGAUGGCAUCUUACCAUAGCUUAGAUGAUGACGCAAUGGCUCUGAUGGUCCACGACACCAACACGGUGAAGAAAGAAGAAUUAGUCAAAGAUGACUCGGUCCAAGAGCAAAGUCCGGAGAAAGUGGACCCGUCCCAGAAGCCGCCGUACUCGUACGUGGCUUUGAUCGCCAUGGCCAUCCGAGAGAGUUCGGAGAAGAGACUGACGCUGUCCGGUAUUUACCAGUACAUCAUCACCAAGUUCCCUUUCUACGAGAAAAACAAGAAGGGCUGGCAAAACAGCAUUCGACACAACCUGAGUCUGAACGAAUGCUUCAUCAAAGUUCCCCGGGAGGGCGGCGGGGAGCGCAAGGGGAACUAUUGGACCCUGGACCCGGCCUGCGAGGACAUGUUCGAGAAAGGAAACUACCGGCGCCGGAGGCGCAUGAAGCGCCCGUUCAGACCGUCGGUGGCUCACUUCCAACCGGGCAAGUCUCUCUUCGGCGGGGAUGCAUACGGCGGCUACAUCUCGGCUCCGAAGUACAUCCAGUCGGGCUUCAUGAACAACAGCUGGCCGCUCGCGCAGCCGCCGCCGCCGAUGACUUACGCCUCGUGCCAGAUGGGAAACGGCAACAUGAGUCCCAUAAAAGCACUGUCCGCCCCGUCGUACAACCCGUACAGCCGAAUGCAAGCCAUGGGUCUGCCGAACAUGAUGAACUCGUAUAACGGAAUGGCUCACCAUCAGCACCAGGCGCAGCAGCUCAGCGCGUCUCCGGCUGCGCCCUCGCCGGUCCCGUCCAACAGCGCGGCGGCGCUGCAGUUCACCUGCUCCCGGCAGCCCAGCGAGCUCUACUCGUACUGGGACCACGAGGCCAAAAACUCCACGUUACACUCUCGGAUUGACAUCUGAAGCGACUUGGGAACUGCGUUUUUGGGGAUGUAAACGGAGCGCGUGAACUUUUUUCUCGUCUUGUCGACGGGCUUCUGUUUUUGUUUUACGCAGCCAAGGUAAACAGGGUCAAUUUUGUUGCUGAACCACAGACUUUGCGAGGUUUAAACAAAAGUGUUAACAUUUGAAGUAUUACUCAAAUUUGUUGGACUAAAUAGAAUCUCGUAUUUUUUAAACUCGUUAGUUCGUUAUUUGAGUUUUUUUAUCAUGUCAUUUCACCAGAGAAUGUACCUCCAUACGCGCAUGCUGUCUUCAGUUACAGUAUCGGGAAAAUGUGUUUCUUAAAAAAAAGAGGACAGUAAUAAACACGAUUUUUUCAUUACUUAGUUCUGCAAGAUUGUUGAGGACCAUUGUAACGUUUGGAUUGUCAGACCAGCACUUAUUUCUAUUGUUUGUUUUUAAUAAACUGUUUUGAAAAUGAAUAAUGUCUAUAUACUGUAGACACAUGAGCGAUCACUUCAUCAUUUAGAUGAGAAAGAAUUGAUAGAAUUCGAGCUGGGAUUGAAAUAUUUCACGUCUAAACAGAGAUUACGCCAAAAACCAGCGCGCUUAAAAACGAAUAUUAAGCCUAUACUUAUUCGUGGUAUAGGCAGAAGAAAUAAAAAAUGUUUAUAUCGAGUUGUUAUAAAAUAUCAAUGCUGAUAAUAAUGGCUGAUUAUAUUUAUUAAACUGUGUAGUUUAGUUCGGUGUAAAUAAACAGACGUCAAUGCAGAUCUUCAGUUAACUUCAAAUGUUUUCAAAUGUCACUUUUUUGAAGGCCUCGUUGAAAUCAAUUCUUGAAAAUGAUUCUUCAACAAAAGUCAAAUAUUGGUCGAUUUUCUUUUUGAAUCCCGUCUGUUAACUAAACAACCUAUUUGAUUGUUGUUUCUCUGACGGGAAUUUCAAUGAUUUUUAAUAUAAUUUCUGAACAGUGAAACUCCUUACAGACUGAAGAAAAGCGCAUGUGUUUUGUCUUUAUUGUAAAUAAGCUCCCGCAGGCAUUUCAGUAGUUUUUCUGUUCAUUUUCUGUUUUUUGUUCUGUUCGUUUCAUUUUAAUCGAAAGUAUUUCGUUUAUAUGAAAAGUUAAAAUGCUAAUUCGUAUGAAAGUGUUAAAAGUUAGGCUACAUUUUAGAAGGAAUGCGAAGCAUAAUUGUAUUAAAAGAAAAGAGUAAAGAUAACGGACUUAUGAUCAUCACAAUAAAAUGUUAUUGCAGAGAGAGCACUGGUAAAACAUAUACAAUCAAACGUAAAUUAAUGUACCAUUCGAUGUACUUUAUAUUUAAUAUUAAAAGUGUUAUCAAGUAGAGUUGUUGUUACAGAAGUCAGUCUGACAUCAAUGAAUGUCUCGAUCGAGCUCUGAUUUACUGAUAGUGCGAAAAGAAAAAUGAUUUGUAUGUAGGGUGAAUUCAGAUUGAUGGGACACGUUUGACAUUGAGAAGCUGAAUUUAUCCUGUUAUUUCAUUCUAAUGAAUCAAAACUUUAAAAUCUAAUAUCAGUGGAAUCUCUUGUAGCAAGAUUACAGCCUAAAAACAGCUGACUUUAUAGUGCCGUCAUAAAAAUUAAUACAUGUUAAAAUAUUUGUUUUAAUGUUUAUGUGACAUUAUCCAUUAUGAUUUUGCAGGCAUGCAAAAUAACAGCAAGUAUAAUGCCUGCAAAUAAUAAUUACCGCAGAUAAAAAUAAUACGUUUUUAAGAGCAAAAAAAGUUUAUUUUAAUUAUUCAAAUAAACAAUUUUCCGUGCAGGGUGAUUGACGGAGUGGAGUUUGAUUGAAACAUGUCAUUGAUCGCACCGUCAAACAUGAGAUGAUUUCAUUCAAAUCAUUUUUACUGUAUUAAUAAUUACAGUGUGGUUUUAUUUAUAUUCUUCUUUUUAACUUUCAAGUGUUUGGUCUUUACUCGUGUGACCUUCUGCCUUUUGUGUGUCAGUGCAGCUGGUGUUUGUAUAUUUCACAGUGACAAUGUUGAAUUAAAGGAAUAAAACUCAUCAAUAUUUAUCAAACGGUCCGGAAUGCUGCAGAAAAAAGCUUGACUUGUGCGAAUCCGGGAAUUGUUCAAAACUGUGAUGGCAACUACUAAACACGACUCAAAUCACACACGUUUUUGUGACAUGUUUUCUAGAAUUAUUUAUAUAAACCCAGUUAAAGCCACAUUCCUGCACAGAGUGACGUGUAAACAAAUGAAGUCCAGUUAUUCCCUGCGGAGCAAACUCAGCACAAAUCUUCAUUGCGUUAUUGCAACAUUCCACACGUGGAUAGAAAUGAUUUCAUACCUUCUCGUGUUAUUCUAAAAGUAUUUACGAAAUGACCCAAACCCCAUUUAGACGAAUGUAAAGUGUGUUUAGAAAAUGUGUUAAAAAUGAAAUGGCAAAAAUAAUACUUUACAAAUUUGACCACUAGAUGGCGCUGCACGAACAUCGUGAGCUAAAGGUGUGUAUUGGGAUCAAUAAUUCUAACCUUUUUAAUUAUUAAACGAUAUGUAUUUAC